CGCCCUAUACGUCUCUGCUGCGUCAACAUCGCGGCAUGGUCUACCAAUUCGGCGGUGUGGGGUAAUAUCUGCGGAUAUACUCCAUCGAAUCCUGCUGAACUAGUUGGUGCGCGAUGCAUCACGCGGCCAUCGUCAGGAACAUGUCCAGGUGGUUCAAUGCAAGCCUGCUGCAGGGGGACAGUGCCCGGGUCAUGUGCUCUAGGCACACAGUGUGCA